AUGUACCUAUCAAUUGCAAAUUUCCUCGCUGCCAGCGCUAGCGUCUUCUUCGUGUUCGUGCUCGUGAACGCCCACACUCCCGAGCCCGAUACGAUAUUCCCCUUCAACCCCGGAUUCAACAUCCAAAAAGUAUCCUCCCAAGCCUCCAUUCUCCCCUCUCACUCAUGGGAAUACGGAACAGCAUCCGAAGCCCUCCUCGAACUAUACAACCGAUCGCUCUCCGUAUUCGGAUGUAACCCCUUCCCCCCGGGUCCGGGUCCGGAAUCCCUAGCCUCCGGAGGCGGCGUGCCUGGGUUGGAAUACGCAUCCCAAAAAAUCGUGAUUGGGGAUCCACCUAAUGGGUUGGCGGAUGGAGAUGGAGCGGUGGGGGAUCCUGCGAGUUUAGGUGUGAGUGCUGUGAUGUUGGGGUUGGAGUAUGCGGAUGCUGCGAGGAGGGAGGUGGAGUAUUUGGUGGAGGGAGCGCCGAGGUGGGAGAAUGGGGCGAUAUCGCAUCGUGUUGAGGCUCCUGAGCUUUGGGCGGACUUUGUGUACAUGGCACCACCGUUUAUCGCGUAUUACGGUGUUGUUCAUUCUGAUUUUGGGCUACUGCAAGAAGCGGUUAGACAGUGUGGGCUUUAUCGAGAGGUGCUUCGCGAUCGGAAGAGGAAUGUUUGGGAACAUAUUGUGGGACCUACGCAUCCAGAUCCUGGGUUAUGGUCAACAGGGAACGCUUGGGCUGCAGCUGGAAUGACACGGGUGCUUGCUACUGUUGUCAAAGCACCACACCAGGUUGUUUCGUCUGAGGAUUGGAGGGAAGAUACAGUUGGCCAGGUUAGUUCAUGGAUAAAAGAGAUUGUGGAUGGUGCGAUGGAGUCUCCGAUGGAUGGAGGGCUGUUACGGAAUUACCUGAACGACACGGACGAUGACGGACAUGGGUACGGAGAGAUAUCGGGCACUUCGUUAUUGGGAGCUGUCGUGUAUCGGAUGGCGGUUCUUCAACCUCGUGUGUUUGGUGGAAAAAGCAGUCGAUACAUCCGUUGGGCCGAUGGAAUUCGGAAGACGCUCGGGGGUCGGGAUGACGAGGGAAAACCACAUGUGACCGAAGCAGGGAUUGUGACACCGGCUGUGAACCCGUUGGAUUGGGGGGAUACGGUGCCGUUUACGUCUGGGAGUCCUGAAGGACAGAAUUUUGUGGUGCUGUUGUACGCUGCGUGGAGGGAUUGUGUGUGGAGUGGUCAAUGCACAGACUCGGAGGGUCACACUCAGGCUGAUACGGAUAGAUGUUAA